AUGGCAGUCGCGCCACCGGCAGUCCGGAAAACGAAUCCGCUCAGGAUGAAAAGUCGAAAGUCGCUGAGUCAUCGGAGGGCGGUGGGACAGAGGGAGGAGCCCAGCCCCCAACACAGCCUGCCAUUGGGGGCGAAAAGGAUCACAACCAACAAAACCAGCCGCAGUACCGGGCGAACAAAUAAUACAAACAGCGGGGGCAGGAACCGCCGCAAGGGGCAGAAGGGUCUGACAGCCGACAUGAAGUUUCAUGGCCAGAGAAUGGCGAGGGUAACGCCAAAACACGAUGUGGGUUUAAACACAACUUCUGCACAAGUACCGGGUGAUGCACCACAAGAAGAAUCGGGAGGAGAAGUUGCAGUAGAAGCAGCUGGUGGAGAUGAGGCAGAAAGGAAAGAAGUUGCAGCACACCAAGACACCGUGCAGCAUGCACCAUCUCCCGUUUACGAGGGGCCAUCGCAGUCAUCGUCUUUUUCAGAUGGCAGCUUUGCUGCAUUAGAUUGGAAGGAGGAAUGCACCGUGCAGGAGAUUUCCAAACAGCCUCCACUUUCUGACGCUGCAGAGAAAAUAGAGGACCGCCAGCGUGGAGACAAAGCGCCUGCUGCCGAGGCUGACAACAGCACCGCAUUUCUUCCAGCUGCAGAGUUUAACGCCGCCGCCAGCAGCACCACGACCAAUCAUAAUGCGAGCCAUCUGAACGGAGAGGAUGCCAGACCCUCCACAGAAGAAGUGGAGGAGUAG